UUCCAGAGCCACAUUAGCCCACCCAAUUUACUGUGAAAACACUUAUCCACUGUGUGUGUCCCUCCCCGUUUAGUCUAAAAGCGCUGAGAGAAUGGACGAAGUGGUGGGCGUCAUCCGACCGAGAAAAAUUGAAAAAGAGGAGGGAGCAGAGGGCGAUCGAUAAAGCUCGUCGCGAGGAGGAAAGGAAUUUUUUGGCGAGAGAACACGCAAGGGCAGAGUUCUAAGAUGUCUUCUGGGAAAGGAAAGAACAAGACUUUCUUUUGAAUCAAAGCAAAUUAAGGUCUGAGAUUCUUCGUUUGAGGCGGCAAGAAGGGCAGGGUAGUAGUUCGAGUGAGGCGGCCAUGGAGGAAGGUGGUGGUGCCGCUUUCGGUGACGAAGUGAAACUCUUCAAUUCACAUGGCAACAAGUACUGUCCAAGGAAGCCAAAGUACUCGAACCACGUUCACACUGGAUACGAGUGGAACAAAUACAACCAAACUCACUACGAUCACGACAACCCACCCCCGAAGAUGGUUCAAGGGUAUAAAUUCAACAUAUUCUACCCUGAUCUCGUUGACAAUACUAAACCUCCUUCUCAUACUAAAGAGAACGAUGGACAUAGUUCUGAGACUUGCAUCAUAAGUUUUUGCGCCGGCCCACCAUACGAGGAGCUUGCCUUCCGGAUUGUGAACCAGGAGUGGGAGCACUCCCACAAGAAGGGGUUCAAGUGCACGUUCGAACAAGGCAUUUUGCAUCUCUACUUCAACUUCAAACGCUUCCGUUAUCACCGUUGAUAGGUAUUUCUUGACAUAGUAUUAGUUUUCUUUCCAUGAAUUUUGUUACUAACAAAACUUUUAUUGUGAACCGUAUGCAUUGUUUUACCCUGUUUCAUCUAAGGCUCUAAGGAGAUUCAAUUCAUUGUUUUGAACUAGUUUGGUGGUGAUCCUCAUUCACUCCAUUGUUUGUUUUCACGGGGUAUUACUGUUUUUUUCAUUUAUCCUGAUUCAAUCCACUCUAAUGAUAUGUUAAAUGAGAUUGUAUUAAACAAUGUGCU